UUUUAGCAGCCGACAAUGAAGUGGAAGAGCUGGAACUGAGGGAAAUCCCAAAUUCUGAAGACGAAAUGGGAAGCCAAGAAGGACUUAUAUGUAGGAAUGGCAAUACCAGUGUUAGCAGUGAGGUGCAACAGACUGAAAAUGACUCUGUGCAGUUUGAUGACAUCUUGAAGCGUAUUGGUGAAUUUGGGCCCUGGCAAAGAGCCAUUUAUAUCCUUUCAUGUGUUUUUGUCCUCAUCCCCAGUGGACUUCACACAGCUGGGGUGCCAUUUAUUACUGGGACACCAAAGUUUCAAUGUGCGACACCAGACGUGGAGUGUGAAGUAAACAAAUGUUGCAAAAACUGUACAAAUUAUGCAUUUAUAGGACCUUAUGCCUAUAACAGCACAGUUACUGAGUACAACCUUAUUUGCAAUAGAGCUUUCAUUGGUGCCAAUGUACAGGCAGCAUUUGGUGCAGGAAUGUUGCUUGGAUCUUUCAUCUUUGGAGCAGUCUCUGAUAAUUUUGGAAGACGUUCUUGUAUGCUGCUGUGUUCUGUGCUAAUGACGCUCUUCAGCCUGGGUGCAAGCUUUGCUAAAUCCUUAGUCCUCUUCGCUGUCCUUCGAUUUUGUACAGCAGCCUGUCUGACGGGUUUUUUCGUGGCUCAUUAUGUGUACGUCCUGGAGCUUGUGGGACCAACCUACCGCACUAUGGCUUCAAAGUGUUGUGGUUUCUUUUGGGCCGCUGGUUCUGGCGCUAUUGCUCUCAUGGGUUAUUACAUUAGAGACUGGCGUACACUGCUCCUCGUUUCCAGCUGUCCUCCAGCUCUUUUCCUGCUUUUGUGGUUAAUAAUCCCAGAGUCUGGUAGAUGGCUCCUUGUCCGAGGUCGUGUAGAUGAAGCUGGCCAAAUUGUGAGGAAGUUUGCAAAGAAAAAUUCUAUAAUGUCAGAUUACUUAAACAGAGCACUGGCAAAAUGCAGCCGGGGGGAAAUUCUCGCGCGCACAAGAAAAAUACGACAUUCACCCCUCGACCUGUUCCGGACACCACGCAUGCGUAAGAGAACUCUGAUUCUCUGGUUUUGCUGGUUGGUAGUGAACUUAAUCUAUUAUGGUUUCCUGUUCUACGUAUCAGACUUGCCUGGAAGUCCUUAUCUUAACAUGAUUAUAAUAUAUGUUGUCAUUGAUACACCUGGAAUAUUCCUGUGUUGGGUAACAGUACAGAAAUUUGGCCGUCGUGUGCCUUUUUGUGUCUUCAUGAUCAUCGGUGGAGUUGCGUGUCUUCUUGUUCUUAUUGUUCCUAAAGACGAAGAACGAUUCAUCAGAAUUCUCGCUUUUAUUGGACGCGGCUUUGUUACGAUGUCAUUUUCAAUCUUAUAUCUGUAUAGCAGUGAACUGUACCCUACUUCCAUUAGGAACCUUGCUGUUGGGACUUGUUCAACUAUUGCUCGCCUUGGUUUUAUUUUGGCCUCCUAUAUUGUUAUGCUGUCGCAGUUACCCGGACUCAGUGUUAUUUUUCCGAUGGUUGUCUUUGGAGUAUUAGCUUUAACCGCUGGCCUAGUGAUACUUUGGCUUCCAGAGACUCUCAACUCAAACAUGUGUCAGACGUUGGACGAAACAAAUCGACAAAAUGAAUAUUAUGGGUUUAUAUGGAUGGAGAGACGUGUUAAUAUUCCAUUUUCAUUUUCAAGACUCAGGUCUUCAGGCGCUGCACAUGUGCGUGUUGUUUCCAACGAGGGGGUUCAAGUUGGGGAGGACAGUGACGGUGAUGAUGGUGAUACCGUGGACAAUGCUCCAUUGAUUACUUGACAGAAGAUAGUCAAUGUUUGAUUUGAAUCAUAUUUAAUUUUAAAGAAGGAACAUGAUGACAAAGGUAAAACAAUUGUACAGUGUUUUGUAAUUCAAGGUAACCUUUUCCAGGCCUUCAGCGGUUGUCGGCAUGCAAGUGCGGAGGCUGGGGAGAGACAGGCUCUCUUACUUUGUGCGCAUGCCGUUGUUAACAAUCCAGAGCUUGGAAUGGGUUACUAUGGUCAUUGGUUAUCGUGUUUAGUUAAGUGCGAUCUAUAAUGGUAAUUUAAUUGGGUGGGGUGGAAUUUGGUCUGUAAUCAUAGAGUUAUAUAAAAUUAGACGAGCACGCAGCGCAAGUUUGAUUUGAAAUCACAACAAUGAUUUCAGACCAAAAUUGCACUACAGUAAGUUCAUUUUACACUUUAUUGUAUACAUUCUGAAAUUGCAAAAUUCAUUCGCUCAAAUAUGGAUUUUUUAGUGCGUAGAAAUGAUUUAUUGAUUCAGUACUGAAAUGGUUAGUAAAAAGUUGCAAAAGUUUUCUUUCAUUUUCCUCGAAUAUAACUGGUCUCUUUAAAUAAGCCUUGAAAUCUGAUAGGUUGUUGUAAAAAGACGCGAUGUAGAGUAAAAUAUGGUGCAAUUCUUGAAUAAAAGCACCAACGAGAGCCAGUCAUAUUGCUAAGAUCAUCAUCAGUGAUUUCAAAAUGGAUGUAAUAGAUGUAUCAAUCGCACUGCUUGAAUUCAACAAAUUGCAUAGAUCAUCAGACUUGAAAUUAUGUAAUGGAGCUAAAAACAUCCUUUUUUGAGCCUUUAUUUUGUUGUUAUAAGGUUUAUAUGAGGUUAUUUAUUAUACACUUUCUAUAGUUCGCACAACGCAUCAAGCCAAAGAUAUAGUUAGAUACAGUAUAAAGUAGUUGGCACAAUUACACAACUAAUUGUUUUGAUAUUGUGUUUUGCUAAAAUUCUUCAAAUUUUUUCUUACUUGUAAUUUUGAAUCUCUCAAUUUUAUAUCUCUUUUUAUUUGUAAUUAUAUUUUAAGUAUAUCUUGUUUUUCAAAUUAAGCGUUUAAAUUGUUUUAAAAUUAAUAAUUUUGACUAUACCUUGAAAUUAUACUCCCCCAUCGUUAGCUCAACUACUGUUAAUGUGGAAGAUAUUUCACUUUUAUCUUGGAUGUUGUAGGGUAUAAAUUUUAUUAGGGAUCAAUUUUAUUUGUUUUCAACAGAAAUGUCUUUUGUAUAAUUAAGACGACGAGACAUUUCCAGAAGAGCAGAAUACUUAAUUCCCUAUUGUGUAAAAGAAUCAAAAAUAAAAAUCCUGUGUGGGCUUUAAAGAGCACCUCUGUCUGUCGAAACAAAAUAAUUUAGAACAAACUCGACUGCAAGUACUUGGGUAUGGACGUAAGCCUCCUAAAAGUCAUCAACGAAUGUCUAUCGCUUAAAUGUUCAUGAGUUUAUUUCACAUCCGUUAAGAGGACUUCCCGAACCUUUCAUA